GAGAGUUCAAAGUUCACAUUUCAAAAUGGCGACCGAGCCGACACGGGAGUGGAGCGAGGAGCAGCUAAAAAGUGAUGAUUUACCAAAAAAAGACUUAAUAAAGUUCAUCCAGGACAAUGCCUCACACUCGUUUCUUAAUGAGCACAAGCUGCUUGGAAAUAUAAAAAAUGUGGCGAAAACAGCAAAGAAAGACCAGCUUAUCAUUGCUUACAACCAGCUUUUCGAGAGCAAAAGGUUUAAAGGCACAGAACCAGAGGAGGUGGCCGAGCAGAUGAAAGCUGUGAAGAUUGAGGAGAAGCCCAAAGAAGUCAAGGCAGAAGUUGUGGAUGAGGGUCCUCCAAAGUACACCAAGUCAGUCCUAAAGAAAGGAGACAAGACCAACUUCCCAAAGAAGGGUGACACUGUGAGCUGCUGGUACACUGGUUCUCUAGAAGAUGGAACUGUUUUUGACACGAAUAUCCCCACAGCUGCAAGGAAGAAGAAGCAGGCUAAACCUCUGAGCUUCAAAGUUGGGAUGGGCAGAGUCAUUAGAGGGUGGGACGAGGCCCUCCUCACAAUGAGCAAAGGUGAAACAGCCCGACUGGAGAUUGAUCCUGAGUGGGCGUAUGGAAGAAAGGGCCUUCCUGAGUCCAAAAUUCCACCAAAUGCAAAGCUCGUAUUUGAGGUUGAGCUGGUGUCCGUGGAUUAAAUAUUUUGCCUACAUGGUCUACAGCGUAAGCUUUUUAUUUUUCUCCUUUCUAAAGACCGAAGUUUACAUGGUUCUGGACUGCACCAAAUCCAGCUCUGACGUGUCUGCUUUGCCUUUAUUUGGUCAAUUUUCUUGUAACUAAACAUUGAGUCUUGACUUGUAUGGAACUGCUCGUCAAUGUACAUAUAAAACUUUUUUUUGCAUGUACAAUAUCAAUGAUCAAUAAAGCUGUUUUACUUGGUUCAUACAAAAAGA